AUGUCGUUGGAUAACGCUACUGGGAUCGUCUUCGCGGCGGCCCCGCCACCAGGCGUCAAGCCGGACCCUAAUAAACAAGUCGACACAAGGGAUUUUAUGGUCCCCUCCAUCGUAUCUUUUGCCUUGGCGGUCAUCACUUCUGUCAUUCGAAUAUAUACCCGGACGUGUCUGACAAGGGCACUAUCAAUGGAUGAUUUGCCUGUACGGCGGCGUCCUUGGAAGGGCGGAGAUGCGAGGUCACCUUUUGUCCUUUAUCCAAAACUGACCAUCAAAAUCCUCUCCGGCUUAGGUAUACGAUGGGGUAUGGGACAUGACAUCUGGGACGUCCCCUUGGAACCCAAUAUUUACCCAUCUUUCUUACUCGACAACAUUAUAAGCUCUGUGGCGUUUUGCUUGGCAACCGGCUUCGCCAAAGGAUCCAUUCUCCUUUUCUACUUGCGAAUAUUUCCAACGCGCCGGAUGAGAUAUACCAUCUGGCUCUUAUUCGGCUUUACCGUUGGCUAUUCGGUCGCUUCGGCCUUUGUUAACAUUUUUUCGUGCGAUCCCAUCGAGGCCAGCUGGCGGGUAGAAUACGCCACGACGGGGAGGUGCAUCAACAAGGGGCAUUUUUAUUACACGCACGCGACCUUGGGGAUUCUUACCGACAUCGCGACCGUGGUGACGCCGUUGCCCAUGUUGAAGUCCCUGCACCUACCUGUCAAGCAAAGAAUCGGCGCUGGGCUUGUCCUGACGGUCGGGGCUUUUGUUUGCAUUAUUAGCAUCGUGAGGUUCAAGUCUCUUUUCGUCCUGAACGAGAAUAAUAACCUUAGUCGUUCGGCACAAGCAGGAGACACAAAGCCUGCCCUGCUAUGGUGCAACCUCGAGCUCAACCUUUCCAUCAUCGGUGGCAACUUUCCCACCCUGAGACCCUUCAGCCAGAGCAUCUUCCCUCGCCUGCGCGACACAACCAAUAGCGCCUGUGGGUGGCGGAGCAAGUACUCCGAGAGGAGGGAGGCUAGGUUGCGCGGCUUCGACCCCGGGACCAGCAUCAGGAUUGAUCUCGGAUUGGCCACCCCCGAGACGUUGAACGGCACCGCUACUGCCGCCAGCAGCCCCCAUCGGGAUCGUGCAGAUGGCGGCAGCGGCGAGCGGAUCCUGUUGGCUGAUAGGGAGCAGCAGCAGGACGAAAGACAGCCGCGUCAGCCGCAGGGCGACGAUGCCGUAGCCAGUGGUCCUCGAGAAAAGAAGGACACGCGGGGCAUCACCAAAACAGAAGAGUCAGGGUGCAAAGAGAGUUCCAAGCCAGCACAGAGUGAGCCAUGA